AUGAAGACAAUGCGUGCCGUAACAUUGAGGGCCUUUGGUGGUACCGACAUGCUGCAGGUUUCAGAGGUCACUGAGGUCUCCGUGUCACGUCCGAGAGAUGUGCUUAUCAGGGUGAUGGCGUCUGGCGUUAACCGGGCCGACGUGGUGCAGCGCCAGGGCCACUACCCACCUCCAAAGGGAAGUAGUGAGAUCAUGGGCCUGGAGGUUGCUGGUCUGGUGGAAAAGGUGGGCGAGCAAGUGAAGCGGUUCAAGGAGGGUGAUCGCGUGAUGGCACUACUCACCGGGGGAGGUUACGCGCAGAUGGCGGUUGCUCAAGAGGGCUGCGUCAUGAAAAUUCCAGAUGGAUACACUUUCGUUGAGGCCGCAGCAAUUCCAGAGGCAUUUCUCACCGCCUGGCAGGCACUUAAGCUUCACGGGAACCUGCAGAAGGGGCAGAAUGUGUUGGUGCACGCCGCGGCCGGCGGCGUUGGAACGGCGGUGAUGCAGCUGACACAAAAAUACUUUGAGGCCACCGCCAUCGCCACCUGUUCAACCGCAAAGGUUAACUUCUGCAAGGAGUUUGCCAAGUAUGUGGUUGACAGAUCACCCGAUGAGGCAGGAAAAUGCUUUGCGCCUAAGGUGCUGGACGUGGUGGGAAAAAAUGCCAUCGACUUGGUCAUUGAUCCCGUCGUGGGUGGUACGUACCUCGCGGAAGAUGGCGAGGUGCUGGCGAAGGACGGAAAGGUUAUCCUGCUAGCUUUCAUGGGUGGAUCAAACAUCACUGUUAACAUUGUUCCAUUCUUCGCUAAACGUGCCCAACUUGUUUUUUCGAAGCUCCGGGACCAGUCAGAGGAGUUUAAGGAGGCCCUUGUGCAAAGCUUUGAGGCUGAGGUGCUUCCAUACAUGGCGAGGCGGGAAAUCGUGUCCUUGGUGCAGGGCACAUACAACCUCGAGGACGCAUCCAAAGCACACGCCUUUAUUGAGCAGGAUGGCACCUGCGGCAAAAUUGUUCUGAUACCUAGGCAGUAG